UCAAGUUAAAAGUUGGUGCUUUCCUGCAGAGCCCUAUUCGAAGGAUGAGCAUAACAACAACAUAUUGAUGCUAGUUUGUCACUGUUACCGCAAACCAUUAAUCGCGUUCGCCAAAAAGCUCAAUAGAUGUUGUAUAGAAGGCAAUUCUUUGAUCUAGGCAAAGUAGCGAUCAACAGCUUUAAGCUGUAAUUAUGACUGGCAGUAUAGUUGGCACGUCCCAUUUCAAGUGACAAUAUACUGCAUUUUCUCCCCGAGAAUUUUUUUGCAUAAACCCAUUUCCCGCUUCUCUUUUUUCUAUUUAGUAUGGCACGUCGCGUCGUAGUAACAGGCCUCGGCCUAGUGUCUCCUGUAGGCGUUGGUGUCAAGCACGCAUGGACAAACUUACUGAACGGCCACUGUGGUGUUACUUCACUUGCUAACAAGCAGGGUUUUGAGCAACUGCCUGUACAAAUCGCAGCAUUAGUCCCGCAAGGUCCAAAAGAAAAGGGCGAAUUCACGUCCAAAGAAUGGCUCGAUCGUGGAGACGAGAGAAUCAUGGCACCAUUCACUCAAUUUGCCAUUGCAGCGGCUCGACAGGCACUGACCGAUGCAGAAUGGAUCCCUGAAGGCGAUGCUGACAAAGAACGAACGGGUGUCUGUAUCGGAUCUGGUAUGGGUAGUUUUGAAGAUAUCGUGUCAACAUCUGUUUCCUAUUCAGCUGGGGGUUAUCGUAAAGUAUCGCCAAUGUUUGUUCCCCGUAUUUUGAUUAAUAUGGCUGCUGGACAUCUUACGAUGAAAUACGGCUUCCAGGGACCAAAUCAUGCCGUAUCCACAGCAUGUACAACGGGUGCACACUCAAUCGGCGAUGCUAUGCGAUUUAUCCAAUAUGGAGAUGCUGAUGUUAUGGUUGCUGGCGGCACUGAAUCGUGCGUGCAUCCACUGGCCAUUUCAGGAUUCGCAAAGGCAAAGUCACUUGCAGCACAAUAUAAUGAGAAUCCAACCGAAGCUUCUCGACCCUUUGAUGGGGAUCGUAGCGGUUUUGUUAUGGGUGAAGGUGCUGGUAUUGUGGUUUUGGAAGAAUUGGAGCAUGCGAAAAAACGCGGUGCACGGAUCUAUGCCGAGAUUGCUGGAUACGGCUUAUCUGGAGAUGCCCAUCAUAUGACUGCACCUCCAGCAGAUGGUACCGGUGCUGUCAAAUCCAUGCGCCGCGCGCUCAAGGUGGCCAACCUCUCUCCUGCAGAUAUCGGCUAUGUCAACGCACAUGCAACCAGUACACCCGUCGGUGACGCUGCAGAGAAUUGUGCUAUCAAGACCGUUUUCGAUGGUCAUUGGGACAAGAUCAACGUAUCUUCAACUAAGGGCGCGACUGGACAUUUGCUCGGGGCAGCUGGUUCUGUCGAAGCAAUUUUCACCAUCUUAUCGCUGUACAAUAGCACCUUGCCACCCACAUUGAAUCUGCACCGACCCGAUGAAGACUUCAACCUCAACUACGUGCCACUGGUUGCUCAGGAACAUAAGGAAAUCAAAGCAGCGUUGACUAAUAGUUUUGGAUUUGGUGGUACAAAUGCAUCCUUGUGUUUUACCAAGUUUGACUAAACUUUAUUUGUACGCUUGUUUGUUUCUUGUUGUUAUUGCCAAUGAUCCUCUAUUUUGUUCGUUCUUUUGCUGUUGUACAAAGCAUUGCGUUGAUGGAUUUUUAUCGUAGAGGACUAUAGGUCAAAGGCUUCAGGAUGUAGGAUGACAUGUUGUCAACCAACCGUACUAUAAUGAUUUAUACAUUAUUAGUGAAAAAGAAACCCACAUUACACACUCGCGUCCCACAGCAAUCCUUAUAUUCUUCCUCUUAUUUUCACCCAGUUAAAAAUAUAGAGAUGACAUACCUGUCUUGUACACAGUCUCUGCCCAUCCAUCCACAUUCCAUGCAUCUUCACGCGUCGUUUUACGUGUUUGCAAAUCACUAAGCGGUUUGUACAGUUGACAGUAGUAGGUAAUAUGUGAGUAACGGAGUAAACGAUUAUCAAAUGUGAAAGGAGGGGUGAAGAACUUACGGAUAAGUCCACAUGUGAUGGAC